GCUGGUGUUUGGCUGAUGACGCUAGACCAGGUGGAGGAAAAUCUCCUUACAGAGGAGGAGGAGGAGGAGGGAGCCAAGAAUUAUACAGCACGGCAGUGAACGCAACACUCCACUGACACACCACUGACACACCAACAAACAUAGCAGCUCCCGUCCCCUUCACAGGGACUUGACCCCGACUACCGGCUGCAUCCAUCCGUCCUGGUCCCGGUGCGGGUCUAUGUUUGAGGAGUCUUUCUUUUGGAGGCUUUAAAGCCGCAGCAAGCGGAUCUGCGAGCGGUUUAUAUUCUUCAGAGGUUGGCAGAAGGCGGCAGGAUGCUGUGGCUGCUGAUGAUCUGUCUACUUCCUGCAGUGGGCUGCAACAGAAUCGCCGCCCAGGACGUUUAUAAAGAAAGACACAGCCACGAGGAGGUUGCCGUGACGAUGAGGCCUCACAUCUACUACUGCCGCUCGCCCAACAUGGAGGACUUCACCUGCUGGUGGCAUCCACUCGACAACCUGACAGACGGAGAGCAGGUCACCUACGUCCUUACCUACUCCAAAGAUAAGGGCCCCAAACAUGAAUGUCCAGACUACGUGACUGCCGGCAGCAACAGCUGCCACUUUGACAGCAGCCACACGAGCAUCUGGAAGAUCUACUGUAUGAAUGUGACGGCCAUCACCGCCAAUGGAAACUACACCUCCCAGGAGCACUGCCUGGACGUGGCGGAGAUCGUUCAGACCGAAGCUCCGGUUAACCUGACCCACGAGCUGGCCGAUGCCGGCGGGGACGAGAUGGGCCACGACGCACUGCUAUCCUGGACGUACCCGGUGCCCUCUGACCUGAAGUACGGGUGGAUCACGCUGGUGUACGAGCUGCAGUACAGACGCAUUACCGAACCCGACAACUGGAAGGUGAAGUACCCUCUGCGGGAGCCUCACGUGGAGCUGCUCGGCCUCCCCGUCGGCGACUACCAGGUCCGGGUUCGCUGUCGAUCGCACAACUCCGGCCUGUGGAGCAAAUGGAGCUCCUCGCUGCUGAUGAGCAUCCCCGCCAGGCCGCCCGCAGGUAGACUCCUGGUGUGGAUUCUGGUGUCGGGAGUCGGUGUCGUGGCUUUGCUGGUUAUCGCCUUUGGCAUUAUUCCACAGAGCAAGAGAAUAAAAGACUACUUCCUGCCGCCUAUUCCAAAACCACGGAUCAUCGGCAUCGACCCGCUGCUCCUGAAGCAGAAGGGGAACUUGGAUGCAAUCAACCGUCACUUCAGUAACUUCCACAGCUACAGACCUCCGAGCUACACUGAGGAGGUCUGGGAACCUGUCAACGCUGACGACAUCUAUCUCACCCCGGGGAAGGACUGCAGUGUCCCGGUCGACCCAACAGACAGGGAGAAGGAGGCCUUGAUGGUUCCAUAUCACCUGAUGCCUAUGGCCGGCCAUCAUCAGAUCACAACCCAAAACCCAUCAUCGUAUGUACUGAGCCCGUUGCCCUACUGCUCCUCGCCUCCUGAAGCCUUUGCCUCGUCGCUGGACGUGUCUUCCCUGUGGCCGAGACCAGAGAUCGUAUCUCUGCCGGGGACGGAGUACAGCGUGAUGAGACAUCCCGGCCUUCCCAGCGCCGUCCCUGCUCCUGACACUCUCUCCACCAACCGCUCGCCACAGGAUUUCUACACCUGCGUCCAGCUCAUGAAUGAAAGCGGCCAAGUGCAUCUGGUGCCGUGCCUCCCGCCGGCGUACAGCCGGGAGUUCCCGCCUCUCCCAAAGCUGGAUUUAGAUGCAGCGGAUAAGGAGGAGAAGAAGAAGCAGUCCGACUACCAGGCCAGGAAAAACACGAUGAACCGACCGAAUGAUGGUGGCGGACCUGAGAGGAACGAGGCGGCUGACCCUUUGCUUCCCGUUGCUGUUGACAACCACGGCUGAGCAGAGAUCCACAAAAACACAAAUACUGUGAGUGCUGGUGAAUGUGCUCAAACAUGGAGACUGUCGCCAUGUCCAAAGUGAAACCGCAGGACAUCAGCCUUUGAAGAGCCUUUUUUAUUUUGCAAAAGUGCAAACCUCAAAUUGAAAACAAGUUUUUGUGAACAAAAGAAACAGUGCAGACUCUAUAGCACACUAUUCCUGGUACAAUACCCAGCGUUUGUUUUAGGUCACCUCAACUUCUUUCUGUGUUUGGUAACUGGCAACUUUUCUAAAACAUUUCGAUGCACGUUGUGUUGUUUUUAAGCAAAUUAGGCAAUGAAAGUGUGGAAGAAAGUGAAAGUUGCAAAUAUGAUUAUUUAUAUAUAUAUUAGGGCUAUAACUUUCUAUUCGAAAAUGUGUGUAAUGACCUGUUCCGGGUUAAAAAUGUACAGUGUAUAAAUGCAAGAGAUAUAUGGAAAUGAUCCGGCAGAGGGCGCUCCACUAUCAGCUUGACCUGUGUUUAUAGAUACGUUUGUUUGAAAUUGAUUCAGAUGUGAUUUUUGGAUAAAGUGACAGCCCUAAUAUGGAUUAAAAAUCAAAGGCAACUUGUUUCAGUGAGAGUAAAAGAUCUGAAUCCUCAACAACAGCGCCGCUUUCAGGCAGAACAUCAGGGAAUUUAGCCUCAUCACGAGUUGACAGGGAUUGGUUGAAUUCACAUUAAUUGUUGUGAUCGCAUUCCUAGGUAUGUUUUCAUCCGUGUAAAAUCACCUGAAAAUAAGAAUUGUCGUAUUUUGAAUUACCUUAGAAUUAGCCGUUUUUAGCUACAGACACCGCUGGUCGCCUUUGAUGGAGGCCGCCAUGUUUAACCACCAUGUUUCUACAGUAACCCAGAAAAGACAAACCAAACACUGGCUCCUUGAUGCGUUGUUUUAACGCAUUUGGUGGCCACCGUAGUUUCACCUUCAAUUCAAAACUAAAUUGCUGUAAACAGGCGCUCUGUCUAGAAUAAUAUGGACCUGCCAAGGAGUGUAACAGAUUUAUGGGUAAUGAAGUCCAUCACCUCGCAGAGUACGCAGCUGCCUCGUGCAGCUUUAAACAGAAAACACAAGAAUAAACGCUGACAGAAAUGCCACACUGCCACAUGCUGCUUCGUCUCGUCACAUUCAGGAUGUCUUUCUCAGGAAAGAAAUAGAAAAACGCAGCGACAUUUCAUGUCGAGGUGUUGUUUCAGGUCUAAAGUAGAGAGUUGAACUGCUUUUUUAAAAUUUAUUUGACAUUUAUUCUAGUUUCUGCAUGAAUAUGUGGUGUAGUUGGGAUUUGGCAUUUUACGUAAGCUUGUUUGCACAUUCUUUAACUUUCCUGCUUUGCUGUUCAACAGACUCAAACCAGAUGUGGCAGUGCAUAUUAAUAUCAUAUCCCAGCUUGUUUCUACAGUUUCAGUAUUCAGGAUAUUAUACAUGCAGUGGUACUUACAUGUGCCAACUCAUUAAGGUAAUAUUUGAUUAUCCUUAUCAUGAGUGGAAUAUUAUUCUGCACGUAAAGGCUCUGAGUCUCACUCCGAAUCUCUCUAUUUUGCCCAUUCAUAACAGUCUGGGCGAUAUUUGUACAGGGAGAUUCAGAGGAGAAACAUAUUUGAAGCUGCAGUUGGUAACUUUUAUAGAAAACAACUUUUUGUCAAUAUUGCUGAAACUUUCACUGUCCUGACAUUCGUACAUAAGACAGAUAAAAAAUGUGGUUCCUCUGGCUCCUUCUAGUGCUCCUAAUGACAAGCCACCAAUCCAAAGCGUCUUUCUAUCUUUCUCGCCUCUGAUUGGUUGUUUUCAUUCGGGCCCGUGGUUUCUUACAAACGCCAUUAGGAGCACUAGGAGGAGCCAGAGGAACCUGAUUAUUUCACAAAUAAUCUGUCUCAUGUUCUUAUGUCAGGAUAUAGUAAACGUUUCAGCAAAUAUGACAAAAAAUAUUUUUGUAAAAAUUACCUACUGCAGCUUUAAUCUGUAAUCCAAUAUUUUAAACUGAUUUAUUCCAAAAUACUCAUUCAAAGAGGUCAGAAAUAAACAAAAAGUAACUUUCACACCCUCAGGAAGAUGUAAGCUGUGAAUUCAAGCUCCCAUUUCAAAAUAUCUGCAGAUUUCUGUUCACCAUAAUAAUAAUAAUAUUUUUUUAACAAACUACUUUACUGCUGCUCUGUACUGUAAUGUGUGUUGACUCAAAAACAGACUACAUCAGACAUUUUAAGUAACGCAGUUAAAAAAUAUUCUUGAAGCCGCUUUUACAAGGAAAAGUGACACUAACGUUACAGAAACGUUAAGUACUUGUACAAAAUUAAGUCAGUGUCACUUAAAAUGACUAAAGCAACUUGAUCAAGAAUGUUUUUUUAACUUACAAAAUAGUUAGUUAAUGUUCUUGUUAUCAGUUUCUUAUCUGGUUUUAGAGUGAUAAAAUAUAAUGUGUCAGGCACUGUGUUGCUUUCUGAACUCUCCAAACUGGACAUUUCUUUACUCUCCAGAGAACAUACAAAGAGUUUUGUUGAACACUAAUUUGGUAGAAGCAAGGCUCCUCUCUGACCAUUAAUUAAAAAUUAUAUUUCAUAUAUAUACAUUUUUGUUCAUUUUAUUCCUGUUUACAAAUUUAACACUAUUACAAUAAGUAUGUUGUAUAUUAUAGAGAUGUUAAAUGACCUCAGGUUGUGUAAUCUGUUUUUAUUUUAUUUUAUGUGUUUUGGAUUUUGGAAGUAAAAAGAACCUGCAUUUAGAAUCACCAUUUGGCCAACAAACUCAAUAUUUGCAAACUAUAUUUAUGUUUAAGAAUAUGAGAACCCCCUCUUCUGUGAUGCCUCACAUGUACUGAUCUCUCUAUGUAUCCAUCCAUUUUCUGCCACUUAUCCGCAUCCAAGUUGUGGUGGCUAAGCAAAGGCAGCACUCCUAUAGUCACAUCCUCCAGUUCCUCCUGGACGAUCCCAAGGCAAAUGUGUUUUAUGUGUCCUAGGAUCUCCCUUGUACUGCCAGUAAACCUAAAAAAUACCAAAAAGGACGCCAAAGAUGAGCCGCUAGCAUUUGACCAGUUGCUUUUUUGACACCAGCAGUUUGGCAUCACAGUAAUUUUGGACUGAAUUUUGCCCUCACCCGGUAGAGCAUGCGCCCCAUGUACGGUCCUUACUGCAGCAGCCCUUUGCUGCAUGCACCCCCGCUCUCCCCAGUUUCUUGUCUUAAAGAUGUCACUAUCGUAAAGUAAAUAAAUAAAGAGAGGAAUAAUAAUAAUAAAUUGUAACCACAGUGUUGAUAUACCUUCAAUGUAUCCACUCCCUUAUUCUUAAAAUGAUUGCUUUCUUUAAGUGUCUGACUAGCUGUGUGUGUGUGACCUGUGAUCAAGUUGCUCAGAGGUGGAUUGCAUUGCCAAUUGGGGAUCAAUCAAAAGCAAUAUUGACCCAGAUGGACUUGAAAGAAGUGGACCCCUAACUAUAAAACCCAUGUCAUUGUAUUCUGAUACCCACAGUGCUUAAUCCCCCUCACCUCUGAUGUUGGGAACUCAGACAGCGUGCUGUCACUGUAUUUUUCUCACUGAUGUUGCAGUUAGUUGUUGUGCUGUUUAUCUAUUUUUGUGCCUGUAUGUGCCUUUUUUUCAGAGUAGUAAUUGUUUGCUAUUCAUACUCUGUUGUGUUGAAAUCAAAUGGCUGGACAAGCCAACGUGCCACUCCUACACGCCUCGAAAUGCUGUCAUGUUAGGAAGAAGUCCAGGUCUAAAACCAGCUCAGUGUUUUUCAGAUUUUCAUUUUAUUGUGACAAAACCACCAAACAAGGUUAACAUGGAACUUCGGGACUUUCCUGUCAGAUAAAAGCACUUUCUUUUGUCAAUGCAAUAAAGGGUGAAAAGGCAACUAAA